AUGCCAUUAUGCUCUACUAACAUUGACGAUGAAAUCACAUUAUUUGCUGUUGAUAUGAAAAAAGGGGAGAACUUCCAAUUCCCAUUGAAAAUCAGUGCACAAACCAAAUUGACAACACGACUGGAUUUCGACAAGUUAAUUGAAGAGAAGGAGAUUGGUCAUGGCUCUUUUGGAAUUGUAUACAAAGGAAUAUACAGAGGAAAUUGUGUGGCUAUUAAGAAGAUGAAGGAAAUUAAAAAUGAUGAUGAUGAAUUUGAAAAAGAAGUGAAUAUGUUAGACAAAUUUAGAAGUGACUUUAUCGUCCAUUUCUACGGCGCUGUGUUCAUCCCAAAUAAAGUGUGUAUGGUCACCGAGUUUGGACUCUAUGGAAGUUUACAAGAUUUGAUGAAACACAAAACAUCUGAAAAAGUUGAAAUGAAGUUUCGGAUCAAAAUUCUUGUUGAUGCGGCAAAAGGAAUUAUUUAUCUUCACGAAAACGGCGUUUUGCACAGAGACAUCAAACCGGACAACAUUUUAAUGUUUUCAAUGGACUUUUUUGAAAAGGUGAAUGCUAAAUUGACUGACUUUGGAAGUGCGAGAAGUGUGAAUUUACUUAUGACAAAUAUGACGUUCACAAAAAAUGUUGGCACACCAACUUAUAUGGCACCAGAAAUAUUAAAUAAAGAGAAAUACAAGAAAAGUGCAGAUGUGUUUUCGUUUGCAAUAACCAUGUACGAAACAUUUGGAUGGCGCGAAGCAUAUCCAGUUAACACAUUCAAAUUUCCAUGGAAAAUCGCAGAGUUUGUUAUAUCCGGUGAAAGACUACCACGUUUGGACAACAUGUUAAAUUCACAUUAUACUUUGAUAUGUGUUUGUUGGAGUAAAAAUAAAAAUGAGAGACUUUCUAUAUCCAAAAUAGAACAAAGAUUAAAUUUGGAAUUUAACAAGUAA